CUCCUCAGCUGUGCUCGGCGGGCGGCGACGACGGCGACCGCGCACCCGGGGGGUGGAUUGUGGCUUCACUGGUGCUCUCGGCGGGCGGCGGCGGGGCCGAGGCGGCGGGGCUCGCCGGGGAUCCCCGCGGGCGAGGCGCGGGCGAUGAGCCGGGGCCCGGCAUGGCCUCCGCGCGGCCGCCGGGCCGGGCCUGCGCCUCCGCGGCCGCGCCCGCGGGGAUCCGGGCCGGGAUGCCCGGCCUCUCCGCCGCCGCUACGCUCUCCCCGGAGCCGGCGGGCGGCGCCGAGGCGGAGGAGCGCUCGUUGCAGCACAUGCUGCGCGCCAUAGCCGAGGAGCGCAGCCGCCUCCACCUGCGCCGCGAGGUCUGCGGCCUGGGGUGCUUCAAGGACGACCGCAUCGUCUUCUGGACGUGGAUGUUCUCCACCUACUUCAUGGAGAAAUGGGCCCCCCGGCAGGACGACAUGCUUUUCUAUGUGCGCCGGAAGCUGGCCUACAAAGGCAACGAGAGCAGCAUUGAAGGAAGGAAGGCCGAGGCGGAGCCGGAGGUGGAGGUGGAAGUGGAGGUGUACCGGCGGGACUCCAAGAAGCUCCCUGGCCUGGGAGACCCCGACAUCGACUGGGAGGAAAGCGUCUGCCUGAAUCUCAUCCUGCAGAAGCUGGACUACAUGGUGACCUGUGCGGUGUGCACACGCACCGACGGGGGCGACAUCCACAUCCACCGGAAGAAAUCCCAGCAAGUGUUUGCAUCUCCUAGUAAACACCCCAUGGACAGCAAAGGGGAAGAGUCCAAGAUGAGUUAUCCCAACAUCUUCUUCAUGAUUGACAGCUUCGAGGAGGUAUUCAGUGACAUGACCGUGGGGGAAGGAGAGAUGGUCUGCGUGGAACUGGUGGCCAGUGACAAAACCAACACCUUCCAGGGGGUCAUCUUUCAGGGCUCCAUCCGCUACGAAGCCCUCAAGAAGGUGUAUGACAACCGCGUGAGCGUGGCCGCGCGCAUGGCCCAGAAGAUGUCGUUUGGCUUCUACAAGUACAACAACAUGGAGUUUGUGCGCAUGAAGGGGCCCCAGGGCAAGGGCCACGCGGAGAUGGCCGUCAGCCGCGUCUCCACCGGUGACACGUCCCCGUGCGGGACGGAGGACUCCAGCCCGGCCUCGCCCAUGCACGAGCGGGUGACCUCCUUCAGUACCCCCCCAACCCCCGAGCGGAACAACCGGCCCGCCUUCUUCUCCCCGUCCCUCAAGAGGAAGGUGCCCCGGAACCGCAUCGCUGAGAUGAAGAAGUCCCACUCGGCCAACGACAGCGAGGAGUUCUUUCGGGAGGACGAUGGUGGAGCCGACCUGCACAAUGCAACCAACCUGCGGUCUCGGUCCCUGUCGGGCACGGGGCGGUCCCUGGUGGGGUCCUGGCUGAAGCUGAACAGAGCCGAUGGGAAUUUCCUUCUCUAUGCACACUUGACCUACGUCACCUUGCCGCUGCACCGGAUCCUAACAGACAUCCUGGAAGUCCGGCAGAAGCCCAUCCUGAUGACCUAGCGCGCAGAGCCCGCCCGGCCCCGAGAGUGCUGCCAAGUGCCUACCUGCCACCGCCACCAAGGUCUUCUGUGACGAGCCAGCGCCAGAGCCGCAGCUAGGCAGGGCCUGGGCCCACGCCACGAACACCAGCCCAAACUGAAGUGCCUCGUCCUCCUCCCUGCUGGCUCUGCCCCCCUGCGCCCGCCCCCGGCGCCUGCUGCACCCCAAGAGGGUGGGAGACCCCAGGGGGCCAGCAGGGAGCGCGGGGGCACUCAGCGAGCCAGACUGCGCGCAGCCCCCACGGAAGGCCGCGGGAGGCGGGGAGACGCGGCACGGAUGACGUGCGUCCUCCCCCGUCACCACCGUGUCACUGUCCGUUGCCGUGGGGAGACUGGUGGCUCGGCCCUGGGCUGUGAAUACCUCACCCCACACCAGGUCCGCAGGAGCCCCGCGCCGAGCGCACGGCCCCGACCCCGCCAGAACGGCCUUCCGCUUCCAGCCAAAGAACACCGCCAACGCACACCUCGCGGCCGGGGCCCCGUGUGCACCGCGAGGGCAGGAGAGGCCUGGGCGGCGGGGGCCGCUGUGGGCCGGGGCGGGUUCCUCCCCGGAAGCCCCUAGGCGGGCCCCGCCCCCUGGGCCAGCCCCUUCCGCCCCGGCGGCCUCCAGCCGGUGCGUGUGGCCCCCGGCCUGGCCUGGCAGUGUGCUCUCAGCACCAACCGGAACCCACUGGAAGCUGGGCCUCGCGCUGCAGGGCUCCCCGUGGGCAGAGGAGGGGCCGGAGCCCGCCCUCCCGUUGCCACGCGGCUGGCUCCAGAAAUGGGGACUGCUUCGGGCCUUUCUCUAGAUUUUGUAUGUUGUUAUUAAAAACGAGCUAUUGCAAUUCA